UCAACACCUGGCGGCUGCAGGUGCCUCGUCUGACCGUUAGGUGGCAGUAGCUGACCGCGGUUUGGAGCGCGCGGAGCCGCGGCUGAGAGCCCACAGAAGAAGAAGGAGGAGCGCUGUCAUGGCGGCCAAGGUGGCGAUAGUGGCCGUCCCGACGGUGCUGAGCAUAGCCUCCAUCCGAGUGUAUACUGUGAGGGAGGUGCCCACUGAUGGGCUGGUUCCUCGAGGAGAGCUGAACAUCUACACCCCAGUGCCAUCGUCUGCCCAGGCUCAGUUUGUUCCAGAGAGUCCGGGGCUUCUUCAGAGUGGGAUAACCACAACGAGAGAGAGCAUACUACCAUUUUUCCAGGCUGUUAAGGGUGCCUGUCUCUCUGUGAAAAGGGGAAGUGUAAAUCUCUACCAUGCAGGGGAGGAUGUGUUCUAUUACUUGAAAGACCCACCCCCAGAGUUUCUACCCAGAUUUGGUACCAUCACCAUGGCUGGCCUGCUUGGCAUGUUCUUGGCACGGAAAGGCUCUCGUUUCAAGAGGGUAGCAGUUCCAAUAGGCCUGAUGAGUGUAGGUACUUCAGUCUGCUACCCAGCCCAGGCAGUGGCCGUUGUAAAGGUGACGGGUAAAAAGGUGUAUGCGGCAGGAAAGUGGAGCAGUGCCACAGUGUCUUCACUGCUCACCCCAAAGCCCCAGGAGCCUGCCACAGAGACUGUUGCUUCAGAACCACAGGCAGCUAAAGUGCCAAAUCUAGAGUCUGCAGUAACCGAGGAAGCCUCAGCCCAGAGCUCUACAAUCACAGAAACAGAGGUGGAAUCAGCCGAGUCUGUUCAUGUCUCUGAUGAGCCCGUUGUCCCCAGCGUAUCAGAGGAGGUUUCAUCGUUAACACUCGCAGAGAUAUCUACCGACCAGACCUCUCCAGACACCAACACAGAUCCAGUGGCAGAGUCAGUGCCAGCAGAGACAAAGACCACCACAGCCUCAGAGGAAAUACCUGCACCUGCUGAAAGUGAGGAGCCUUCAGACACAAAACAAGCAGCAGAGAAUGGCUCUAUUGAUACCAGCCCAGCUGAGUCCACACCGAGCAUAGAGCCAGUCGCUUCAGUGGAGGCUGCUACAGCUGAGUCUGCUCCUGUGGAAGCUGCACCAGUAGAGUCUACUCCAGUAGCACCUGCACCAGAUGAGUCUGCUCCAGUAGCAGCAGUGGAGGCCGCAGCAGUGGAGGCCGCAGCAGUGGAGGCCGCAGCAGUGGAGGCCGCUCCAGUGGAGGCCGCUCCAGUGGAGGCCGCUCCAGUGGAGGCCGCUUCAGUGGAGGCCGCUCCAGUGGAGGCCGCUUCAGUGGAGGCCGCUCCAGUGGAGGCCGCUUCAGUGGAGGCCGCUUCAGUAGAGGCCGCUCCAGUGGAGGCCGCAGCAGUGGAGGCCGCUCCAGUGGAGGCCGCUCCAGUGGAGGCCGCUUCAGUGGAGGCCGCUUCAGUAGAGGCCGCUACAGUAGAGGCCGCUGCAGAGGCUGCUCCAAUGGAAGCUGCUCCAGUGGAGGCUGCUUCUAUAGAGGCUGCUGUAGUAGAGGUCGCUCCAGUUGAGGUCGCUCCAGUUGAGGUUGCUCCAGUGGAGGCCUCUCCAGAGGAGGAAGUCAAAUCAGUUCCUUCAUCUGAAGAACCAGUGCCCAUUGUUGAAUCAGCUGAACCUGCCCCUCAACCUGAGUCAGCUGACCCACCACAAGUUGCCGCUGUGGAGGAGUCACCAACACUCACACCACCACUUCCUCAGGAACCUGCUGCAGAAAACAGCAAAGGUGGCUCUAGUUUCAAGCCAGACCCCACUCUAAUGGACUUCGGGCAGUCCAACCCCGAGGAUGAAGACCUGUACAGCACACGCAGCUGAGACAUCACAGCCGGCUGCAGGAGAGAGCUCAUUCCCACACUGCCAUCGCACAUCUCACUCAGAUAACAAACACUACUUAGUGUCAUUAUGCAGUGUAAAUAGGCCAUUUUGCGAACAUGCAGAGUCAGAAAAAGUCUUUAAUCAACAUUUCCAUUCUCAUUUUGUCAGCCCACACCAUUAAUAUUUCCACGGAAAAAGGUCCAAGUAUGUUUGCAUUGAUGCAGCAAUGAGGCGACUUUGAGUUCACAGAACUGUCUGUUUGCGUAGCAGGAAGGAAACCUGGAAAAAAAUACACCCACAACAGUGAUUGUUAAUUCACAGAUGGCAGAUUGUGAAAUGUUCUCUGUGUGUGUGUGUCAUUUGAAAAUGACUGGCUUUUGUGCUUCAGCUUUCAUCGUCAUGACUACGCAGUGCUUUUUAUUUAUUGUAAUUUAGCCCAUUGCGUUGGGAGACUCAAAAUACUGCACGUGCUGGUGAUUAUUAUAAGAUGGACUGGUACUGCUCCAUUUUGUAACAUCAAAAAUUCAAAGUCUUUGGAUGUUCAGAACCAAAAAUAAAUAUAUUUUUCACAAUUUCA